UCAGGCCAACCAUGGAAGACACCCUUCCUCCUGGCUUCAGAUUUCAUCCAACCGAUGAAGAACUCAUUACAUUUUAUCUCUCUCAUAAGGUCUCUGAUUCCACUUUCACUUGUAAAGCUGUUGCUGAGGUUGAUCUCAAUAAAUGUGAACCUUGGGACCUGCCAGCCAAAGCAUCUAUGGGAGAAAAGGAAUGGUAUUUCUUCAGCUUGAGAGAUCGUAAAUACCCGACUGGACUACGAACCAACCGUGCAACUGUGGCUGGUUAUUGGAAGACAACAGGAAAGGACAAAGAAAUCUUUCGUGGCGGGAUCUUGAUUGGGAUGAAGAAAACCCUAGUCUUUUAUCGGGGUAGAGCUCCAAAAGGAGAAAAAACCAACUGGGUGAUGCAUGAAUAUAGACUUGAAACAGCACAUGCUUUUAAACCGAAUAAGGAGGAAUGGGUAGUUUGCCGAAUCUUUCAAAAGAGCACGACCCUCAAAAAGCCAAUGGCCACAGCAUCAUCGCCCCAAUCAAUGGGUUCGCCUUGUGAUACUAACGCGAUGGCGAAUGACUAUGGUGAUAUCGAGUUGCCAAACUUAAGCGGCAUUGGGAAUUCAAAUAUUUCACUUCAGAAUUAUGGCAUAGAAUCUAAUGUUAAUACAAACAUGAACCUGAAUAUGAGUCUGGCAAGCGGUCUUCCAUCGCUUGCAUGGCCAUCUAACUUAUUGACUUCAAAUCUUUCAAUGAAUGCGUUGCUUCUUAAAGCCCUGCAACUUAGAACUUACCAACAAAGAGAUGCUGCAAAUUUUGAUUACCAGUUUCUACAUGACGCAAGUCCAAGCUUACAAGCUUCUUCCCCUAGAACUUAUGAAUCUCUACAGCAGCAGCAGCAACAAGUACAGCAUCAAGAGGAGCAACCAUUCAACUUGGACUCCAUGUGGUAAGCUUUGAUGGGUGAUACUUGGUUGGGACUAACAGUUUAUGACUCAUCAAGAGGGGCAUUUGGAGGUCAAAAAACUGAAUUAAUUGAACCUCGAAGCUCUUUGCUUGAAUCAUUUUCUAAGAUGUAAAAUAUUGGCAUAAACCUAUGGUGAUUACUGUAAUCGUUAAGAUAGUGUAUUCAAAGUAGUUAAAUAAUUGUCGAUUGGCUUAUAAGAU